ACCAGCAGGGAGAUGGCUGGAUACACUCAGGACACUGAGGACUACUUCCCAGAUUGCUUCUCAUCCAGCCCCAACCACAUGACCUUCACCGAACCCCAGACCCAGUAUGGUGGUCUCAAUCUGGUCCCAUUGCAACAUAAGGAUUUUCAGUCAGCCUGUGUGAAGGAAGAGAUAACAGAACAGGCCAUCAUUAACCAAACUUCCACCCAGUCAUCAACAUUGAAGAAGAAUGUGAAGCGUAAUAAGCAAGUGGUUGUCACUUCGCCCACAAUUAUGGAACAAGCGGCUAUAUCACAGCGCAGGAAGAGAACGGUGUACAGCCAGGAGCAGUUGGACGUCUUGGAGGAGUUUUUCCAGAGAAACAUGUACCCAGAUAUCCAUCACCGAGAAGAAUUGGCCAAACUAAUUUAUACCCCUGAGUCCAGGAUCCAGGUGUGGUUCCAAAACAGGAGAGGAAAGGCCAGACGUGAUAAAAGCAAAUCCAGUUAUUUCUCAAAUGCAAACAUGAGCUACACCAACAUCCGGCAACCAGAGAAUAUCUAUUCUACAACAUCAACACUGAAGCAUCCAAUGAUUGCCUCUGAACAACCACAGGUCAUGGCUCACCAACAACAGCCUAUGAUGAAUUUAUCACAAGAUUUGUAUAACCAAGCUCCAGAGUCUACCUCCUACCCCCAUUAUUCCUGUCCUGUUCCCCGGGACAGGUUUAUGAUGCACCAGGCCCCACCCAGCAUGUAUCAGCAACAAAAUUCACACUCCAACAACCAACAGCACUUGUACAAAAACAUGGCCCCCAUCAUGAGUCCCAAGGCAAUGGACUUAAGCAGAAGACCCUAUAGGCUGUCUACAGAGCCUGACUAUAUGAUGGACUUUAAUAGCUACCCACCCAACAAGACCAUUACACCAGAGAUGAGCGUCAACAUCCCACCAAUCCCACCAUCUACAGCUUCAAGGAACCAUGGCGAAGUCAAUCCUUUUACCAGGCAAACAACAUAUUCAAUGUCAAUCAUGCAUGAUGACUACUACGGGGAAGGUUCUGAAUCUGAUUCCGGUGUCAGUGAGAGGUCUCCAGAUUCUGUCUCCGACUCUAAAGAAAGCAUCUCUUCUGUCCUCUAGCCUAUAAAUGGGUAAACAACACCAAUAGUUAAAAGACCUGGAGGGAGCCAUUUUUGUUUGUACUGCUUUUAGGAAAUAUCUGAUGCCACACUGCCACAGCAUAAAACUUCCAAUUAAACGUAUUUGUUUAAAGUGUAAGUAAACCCCCCUAGCGUUUUCAGCCAAGGAAGCUG